AUGUCCAAGUUAGUCGAAAAACUUCGACAAAAUCCAAUAGCCAUUGUAGUCUCGGCUUUCGCUGCCUUUGGUGGCUUCUUGUAUGGUUAUGAUACAGGCACGAUCUCUGGAAUCAUCGAUAUGAACUAUUUUCUCCAAACAUUUGGUUAUCGCCAGUCGGAUGGAACAUAUCAGCUCACCUCACAGGAUAAGAGUUUGAUUGUGUCCAUCCUGUCGGCAGGUACAUUCUUUGGUGCAUUGCUUGGUUACCCAGCCGGUGAUUUUCUCGGUCGUCGUUGGGGAUUAAUUGUGGCAUGUUUGAUUUUCUCAAUUGGUGUUUCGUUUCAGGUCGCUGCUACUGCACUUCCUCUUUUCGUUGCGGGACGUGUUGUUGCAGGGCUCGGUGUUGGCACAAUCUCAUGUAUUAUUCCUAUGUAUCAAUCAGAAUGUGCUCCUAAAUGGAUUCGAGGCACUAUUGUUUCGGCUUAUCAGUGGUUCAUUACUAUAGGCCUUCUUGUUGCUGCUAUUGCCAACAAUGGAACCAAAGACAUUCAAUCAUAUGCUUGUUAUCGAAUUCCCAUCGGUAUCCAAUUAAUUUGGGCUGGUAUACUUUCUAUUGGUAUGCUCUUUCUUCCUGAAUCGCCCCGAUAUCUUGUUAUGAAGGGUCAUAUUGAACUAGCUUAUCAAUCGCAAGCGAAACUCAAUUGGACCACAACUGAUGAUCAAAACGUCGAUACUGAUAUCAAACAGAUCAUUGCCAAUGUGGAGUUAAUGUCGAAAUACAGUUCUGGUUCUUAUGCUGAUUGUUUCAAAAUGGGACCACAAAAGAAUCUUCUUCGUACUUUAGUCGGCAUUUUUCUUCAAGCAUGGCAACAACUGACUGGUAUCAACUUCAUCUUCUAUUAUGGUACAUCCUUCUUCCAUUCUUCUGGCAUCCAACAACCGUUUUUGAUAACGAUUGCAACAAACGUUGUCAACGUUGGUAUGACAAUUCCUGGUAUGUUGCUCAUGGACAAACUUGGUCGACGCAAAAUUCUCAUUAUUGGCGCUGCUGGUAUGCUGGUUUGUGAAUAUAUUAUUGCUAUCAUUGGUACUAUUGUCGGUCAGUCGAACGAAGCAGCUCAAAAGACGCUUAUUGCAUUCGUUUGUAUCUAUAUCGCCUUCUUUGCUUCUUCAUGGGGUCCAGCCGCAUGGGUCGUCACAGGUGAACUUUACCCAUUAGCUAUCCGAGCAAAGUGUAUGUCUCUAUCGAGUGCUUCUAAUUGGCUGUGGAAUUUUGCUCUUGGCUAUGCUACGCCAUACAUGGUCGAUCUAGACAAAGGAAACAUGGGCUCCAAAGUUUUUUUCGUUUGGGGCUCCACGUGUGUAGGCUGUCUUCUUUUUGCUAUCUUCUGUAUUUGGGAGACAAAAGGCUUAUCGCUCGAACAAAUUGAUUAUCUUAUUUGCAAUUCAUCGCCCUUGUCAUCUGCCAAAGUCAACAGUGCAUUGAAAGCAGGUACUAUCCUGGAAGAUGACUUGGUCAGUGAUGAACCCAAACACUUUCCGGAAAAAGUACACGAUGUCGAUAUUCAAAUGCCUACUAUUUCGGCACUCGUAAAAAAUGCCACUGAAAACAUUUACGAUACAACAAUCAUUGCAGAAAGACUUUGA